GAGGGGCUGGGCCUGGGGAUGUGGGAGGAGUGGGGUUGUGAGAAUCGCAAGGUAUUGGGGAUUUUUGGUGUGUCAGAGUUGGUGCAGAAGGCUGGUCGAGAAGCGUGUUAUAUAUAGAGUUAGGAUGUAGGUGAUGCUGCUUGGGGGAGGGGGGCUUGUAGAAGUAAAGAAAGAACGGGAACUUGGAGAUUACGGAGCAAGGGAGGUGCUGGGGGAAAUGAAGGGCUGUGUAAGAAAGCAUGGUUGGAGGCCAGCUGCAGGGGAACUUGACUGGAAGCAUGCUUAUGAAUAAGUAUUCGUUGAAGGGAUGAAUGCGAAAGGAAGCAAAAGAAUGAGGGAACAAGAAAAGGGAGAUGAAGAUAGUAUUUUGAGAAACCAGCGGAGAUGUAAAUAGAGAAAAAUGUAGCAUUUUUGCCAAAACAGGUUAAGUUGCUUUCAUUGGGAAAAGAUUGUAUGGAACUUCAUAACCCUUGAAUUAAGGGAGUUUAGAGUAAUAGUAAUUGGAGCUGUCAGGAUGGUGGAGAAUAGAUGGAUAAGAGGUGGGGAGUGCUGGGCUUGAGGAUGAGACAGGAGAACCGGAGCCUAACCAUCAAACUUCGGAAACGGAAGCCAGAGAAAAAGGUAGAAUGGACGAGUGACACUGUGGACAACGAACACAUGGGGCGCCGCUCAUCAAAAUGCUGCUGUAUUUAUGAGAAACCUCGGGCUUUUGGCGAGAGUUCCACGGAGAGUGAUGAGGAGGAAGAGGAGGGCUGUGGUCAUACACACUGUGUACGGGGCCACCGCAAAGGACGGCGUCGUGCAACCCCGGGACCAAGCCCCACCACCCCUCCGCAGCCUCCCGACCCCUCCCAGCCCCCUCCAGGGCCAAUGCAGCACUAAAUUCCUCUCUCCCCCACCAUUCCUGUGUCUGUCUGGCCCUGAAUGUAUUCAUGUGGCUCCUUGGGGACUAAACCCAUGUUUGAUCCCUUCUCCAGCCCCUUCCUCCCCUCUCCGGAUAGAAGGAAACAGGAGAGGAGGGUGGACAGAGAUCCCGGAAUUCUGACUUGCUGCUAUUCCAGAGCCCAGGCUUCUGGGUUCUCUGAGUCCUCAUUUCUCUUCCCAGUACCCAGCUUCCUCUCUCCAGGGAUCCAGGCAUCUUGGUCCCAAUCUCUUCCCUUUGUUCUCACUGCCAAACUGCCUGUCCUGGGAUCCAGUUAUCCUGGCCCCAUGCACUCUCCACUUGAGUCCCAAACAGUUAAACUGGGUUUCCAACAGCCCCAGCUUUCACUGCCAGGGUCCUAGUCAGAUUCCAGGCAACCUCGGCCCAGCUACGCUUGUUACCCCUGGCUUAGAGCUCUUCCACUGCUGUCUUUACAUAAUGCUAACUCUUAGUCCUGGCCUGUGGGAUUGUGAGGUCUUAUGAGAGACCUCAGGGCGCUCUUUCCUUCCUCUCCUGCCCACUCCCCUCAUGCCCUUAAGAGAAGUUAGGAGGGAGAGAGGUCUUUGUCAUGCUCACCUUUAAUGGGUAAUGGAGAAAAAAAUUAAAAAAGUCAUAUCCUCUCUCCUCUUCCUUCUCACAUGACCUAGGGUUUCUGACAAAGCUGGCUUCAAGAUCAGUCACUUGCAGCCAACUGUUGGCCUUUGGUCUUCCAGGUUAGGAGACAGAUCCAUCAGGGUCCCAGGGAGAGGAAGGAAAAGGGAGGGAGCAAAGAGAUGGGGGUUUGUCCCCUGUGCUGUACUCUUACCCCUUCCUUCCUAAGCAUUGGUGUCUCUGCCAGCCCAGGUGUCCAGCUCUCUUGGCCCUCUGCACCCCUUCCCGGGAUCUGGAUGUCAUUUUCCAGGCCUCUUGCCAUGCACAGUUGCAGAGAUCAAAUCCAUACCACCACCACUGAGAUCUCAUUUAUUGCCACAGAUGCACAAAAUAAAUAACCCAACAUCACAAAACGUGUUAAA